UAAUGCACAAAAACCAAUUCGAAAUUCUAUUCGACUAAUCAACGCGAAUACCCAAAAGAUGUGGUCCCAAUCAAAGUUUGUGUACCAGUUGUUGAUUUUGAUUUUAUUAGAAAGGCAAUCGAAUGCUAUAAAAUAUAAAUUCAGUCUUCAAAAUGAUGAUCUUGUCAGCGAUUGUCCUAGUAAACCAAGUAAUGUACACAAUUUUUAUGGACUUUUCGAUACCUCUGAGUCAACCUUUACAACGGAUUUUGUGUCGGUGCACUUUUCGGGCAAUUUUACCUGCAUCUGGAAUAUUCAACCUGGUGAUCGCAUUCAGGGGACUUUUGAAAUAAAACGUUUCGAUCGUGGAUCCUGGCAGCCAACAGUAUUCAAUAUGUAUGUCCGUGACAUCUGUCCUGCUCUCUAUGAAAAAGAACAGUACUGGUACAAGUAUUGGUUAAAAUACGUCAUCAAUAAGGAACAAGUUAGAGAUAAAUGUUUUCUGCCUGGAACUAAACUUUUUUACGAACCGUUUGAUAUAAAUUUUCAAUUCGAGGGACAAGGAUUUCCUUUAACUGGACCACACAAGCUUGUCUUUACAUUAAAUGCCUUUGACACCAGCGGAGUAGAGCGAGAAACUAGCAUCUGUUUCGAAAUUUUAGGGGAAUUUCAGAAGCUGUAGAUAUGCCGAUAAGAUUUGUAAACUAGCGGCAAUUGCCCGUAUAUCCCCGUGUCACGCAUAAAGGUAAUCUUCUCAAAAAGCUUUAAAAAUGAUUGAUCGGACGGUAAACAAAGAACUUUCAUACAACCGUUUUCCGCCAAUUUAUCACUGUUGCGGGUGGAAACACGCUGAAACACGAAUUCAUUAAGUUUUUAUGUAAAGCUUUGAAAAUAAGAAAAUAAGU